GAUGGAGAUCCGGUUCGCCCUGGAGUGGCUAUGACUGACCUUGCCACUGGCCUGUAUGCAUAUGGAGCCAUUAUGGCUGGAUUGAUACAAAGAUAUAAAACUGGAAAAGGAUUGUUCAUUGAUUGUAACCUACUGUCAUCUCAGGUGGCGUGUUUGACCCAGGUUGCUGUUAAUUAUCUAAAUGCCCAAAUGGAAGCAAAACGUUGGGGCACAGCUCAUGGCAGUAUCGUUCCUUACCAGGCUUUUAAAACCAAGGACGGCUUUCUCGUAAUUGCAGCAGGAAAUAACCAACAAUUUGCUACUGUGUGCAAG